AGUGCGUACGGGACUCAUAUUAUUAUUAUUUUUUAAACCAGUAGACAUAAUCUUUUCCUUCGAAGGUUCUUGCAGCAGCGGGCGCACGGCACGCGCUCUGUCCAUGCCUGACGCGCCCUCUCGAAGCCAUGACCGCCGUGCCGACUUUACCCCCCGCAGACUUCACCGCACGCGACGCCUUCAGCGGCGGCGCGGAUAUCCUUCGCGCGAGCGCCCUGAAAGGUCCUUACGUCCACUUCAGUCGCGUGGGCCCACCGGACGCCGCGCUGGACGUCGACGCGUACGCGCCGGGAACGUCCUCGUCGGGGUUCGAGCUGAGGCAGGGGCGCGUCAUGGAGCUUGCCCCACUCGUCGAGAUGCGAACGCCGGACGCUCACGUAUGCCCAGACGCCAAGGUCUGAGAGCUCUGGUUCCCAAACAGCCCCAGAUCCCAAAAAUCAAAUAAUGACCCCCGGCCCCUCCGCAAUCGAUGCGACACAACGCUCCUGUUUACACGCGCCCCAAACGCACGAUCCGACCCAUAUAAACCCCGAAACCCCCGUUCCAAUCAUAAGAACAGGUGACACUGCUGCAGCGAGCUACGGAGCUGGUGGCCACACCUCGCGAGAGGCUGAAACUGGCAUUUGGAUUCAGGCCGACGCCAUACGCUCUAACUGAUGGGGACAAGGGCGCGAUCCCCGCGGCGUUGGUGAAUCAUCGGCACUUUGAUGUGGCACGCGCGGCUGCGAACGCUGCGGCUUCGGGGGAUGACGCGGUGGUUGCAGUUGCAGUCGCGGUGAAAGCGAUGGGCAGCGUCAGCAAGGGGGAGAAACAGAGACACGAGAAGAAGGAGAAGAAGGAGAAGAAGGAGAAGAAGGAGAAGAAGGAGAAGAAGGAGAAGAAGGACAAUAAACGGCGGAGGAAGGACGUCGGACCAGACGCAUCAGGAUUAAGCGGUCCCACGGAAAUAUCUGGUGACACCAGGAUAACGUCUCAGUAGUGAUAAAACACUUUUGCGCAUAUUUCGGUCGGCUUCCCGCAUUCCUGGAGGGUUUCGUUGAACGAGCGAUGAAGAAGGUCGUGCAUGUCAUACACCAAAGUUUCGCAAGAUCUCUACGGGCUGUCGGCACCAUGCGUAAGCGUGCCUUUCUCUCCGCAGGGUUGUGCUUCGGUCGGCAAAACACGCAGGGGAAAGUACUUUCAGGUGGUGCCUGUAUCUUAACUCGUCGAAUGCAAAUUAAGAAAAACACCGACGUCAUUCCUUGAUAUAGUUACCUUCGAAGGUACGAAGGUACCUUGGCAGUCCUGACAACGACGGAAAUACCGUCGUUGGAGCUGCAAGCUUAGAGUUUGUCUAAUUUUCGUACGGCAUAACUCUUGAAUUUAUGAUGAUAUCAUAGUCCAUUAUUCCAUCUGGGUGAAUAUCUCGGCGGAAAUCUUUCCUGGUUCUGUUAGUCCCACGCGAUUGUUGACACUAUCGCACAUGGGCAGGGACCUUUCGGAUAUUAGCGUGUACCAGGACAGCCUCCGCGGGCGACUUCCGUCGCCCGCUCGGGACGUUCGGCGUUCCCUUCGCCUCCCCCACCCCGGCCUUGGUUUUUUGCGUAGUGUAACCCACGCGGUGUGUCCUGCCCUGUGGGCUAGAUCACGCCGUCCCACGGUGGGAAAACCGUGCCGGCCUGCACCUCCGGUGCCAUCCUGCACCUCCGGCGUCCUACCCCCUCCCUACCUCCUCCAUGAGGAGGGUGAAGGGGGGGACGCCUGUAGCGUGUUUGAUAAGAGAAGAGAGGAGAAACCCGCAGUCGCGUCCACCGCCCCGACCUGCGGGGAAAACCCGUACUACUAUAGUAAUCCACCGCCACUUCUGGCCUUCCUCCAAAUAAUUUGCUCAGCAUUUUUGCCGCCAGCCGGUGUGCUGGCGGCGCGUGUCCCGCUCCUUCUAUCGCGUCGCCCCAGAAUCCGCCAGAGCCAAAUCUUGCCGAAGGAUCCCCUCAAGGGGAUGCGCGCCUUGGCGCGCUCCUCCGCGCCAUCGCGCAAAGUGGAUUUGAGCCUCCCCCGGCGAGGGGCGCGUCCUGAGAAUGAUCAGCACGUGAUUCGUCGCCUGUGCCGCGGCUCGCGCGGGGCACGGUUCCACCGACACCGUCUCGACCGUUGAGAUCGACCGUCAGAAUCGUGGGACGGCCGUCGGGACGCGGACGCGCAUGUCGCCGCGCCCUCUCGCGCCGCCGGCCUCCUCG